AUGACCUCAAAAUCGCCAACUUCAAAGCAACCAACCCGCGGCAACGGUAUUCCUCUCGGAUUCGAGCAUCUGCUUCAUCCCCAGAACGCAAAGACGGAAACCCCAAGACGUACAUCAACCCAGUCAUCCAGCACGGACUCGUCAGACCCAUUUUCCAGAUUCCGACUCCAUAUCCGGCAACAACCCGUCGCGACUAGGGCAUGUGCCGCUGGCGAGAAAGAUCGUCGUCCCAUUGAUCCCCCUCCAAUUCUACAAAUGCUUCUAGUUGACUUCAAUUCACAAUCUAAUGACGACUUGGAACUUCUACAAAACCCAAGGUAUGCUGUCGCUUGUCUGUUGUAUGCUGUGCGGAAACCGGGGCUAGAAGACGAGGACGAAAUACUUGUCCAUAGCACCCACAUUGUUGAAAAUCAUGUGAAAAGGCGAAGAGAAAGCCACGAAGACAGUAUGACUUCCCCUUCAGAUAGUGCCUCUUCACCACACCCGCGGUCUGUUCAAGUGUUAUCUGGUAAAACAUAUGUAUCCCCCUUUUACGCACCGAUCGAGCCAGACCCGGAAACCGCACCGGGCCAUCCAUCCAGCCAACCCGGGCGAAGCUCCUAUACAUCAUUGACAGAAACCACCAGCUCGAUCCCUGCAACCUUUUUCGUAUUUGCAGACCUUUCUGUGCGCACAGCGGGAGUUUAUCGCUUGAAAUUCCGACUCGUGGAUUGGGGCGUGGCGUUUGAAACGGGCAAAGCACAGCCCAUCCUGGCCGAGACGCUGUCGGAGCCGUUUCGCGUUUUUUCGUCAAAGGACUUUCCGGGCAUGAGGGAGUCGUCGGCGUUGACUUGGAAACUCAAGAAUAUGGGAAUGUUUGAGUUGAAGCCUCGCUCGGGAAAGGGGAAAGGGAAGCGGAGGGCUGAAGAUGAAAAUAAUGGAUAUGGAUAG